AUGUUGUCCUCUCUUCUCACCAGCGUGUUUGUCGCGGCUGCUCUUGCUUCGCCCAUUACACCGUCCUAUGUCGCCCACGAGCGCAGACAGGCACCUCCUCGAGGUUGGCUCAAGGCAGAAAAGGUGCCAAGUGAUUCGAUCCUGCCAAUGCGCAUCGGGCUUGUUCAGUCGAAUCUCGAAAAGGGACAUGAUCUGUUGAUGGAUGUCUCAACACACACCUCCCCCAACUAUGGCAAAUACUACACCGCCGAGCAGGUCAACGAGAUCUUCGCUCCAACCAAAGCCUCUAUUGACUCGGUCAUCGACUGGCUUGCAUCUCACAACGUGAACGGCAUCAGCUUGUCCGCCAACAAGCAAUGGCUGCAAUUCGACGCGCCUGUAGAGAUAGCCGAGAAGCUUUUCAGGACGGAUUACCACGUCUACGAACACGCAAUCAGUGGUGGCAAGAACGUCGCAUGUGAUGAAUACCACGUACCAGAGCACCUGAGCGAGUACAUCGACUACAUUACCCCAGGUAUCAAGCUUUUCUCUCCAGCCAGGAGCGGGCACGCAGUGAACGACAAGAACGCCAUCGAGAAACGUACUUUCGGUGUAACCAAUGGCAAGGCGACAAAGCCACCGCCGCUCCUCAAGGCACUUCCCUUGGCAAUCAGCGAGCUUUUGGGUCUCGCAGAGCUUAGCCUUUGUCAAAUUGCCGCUACCCCGUCUUGCAUCGCAAAACUUUACAACAUCACUCAAGCCACUAGCGCCCAAGCUGGUAACGAGCUCGGUAUCUUCGAGGACCUGGGUGAUGUUUAUUCUCAGACUGACCUGGAUGAGUUCUUCUUGACCUUGGCCCAAUUCAGACAAAUUCCUGUUGGCACUCACCCAAAGCUUGAAGCCGUUGACGGAGCUGUAGCCCCUGUCAGUGUUGCCAAUGCCGGUGCUGAGUCUGACCUUGACUUUCAAAUCUCGUACCCGAUCAUCUACCCACAAAACUCUAUUCUCUUCCAGACCGACGACCCAGUCUAUGAAGCAAACUACACCUACGAAGGCUUCCUGAACAACUUCUUGGACGCUAUCGAUGGCUCUUACUGCAGCUACGACGGUGGUAACUCCCCUCUUGACCCGCCUUACCCGGACCCACAGCCUGGUGGCUACAAGGGUGCUCUCCAGUGUGGUGUUUACAAGCCAACGAAUGUCAUCUCUAUCUCUUACGGUGGACAGGAGGCAGAUCUACCUGCAUCGUACCAGACGCGUCAGUGCCAUGAGUACAUGAAGCUCGGUAUGCAAGGUGUCUCCAUCGUGCUUGCGAGUGGCGAUUCAGGAGUUGCAGGACCAGCAGGCGAUGACAACGCAGACGGCUGCCUUGGGACUGGACAAGUCUUCAGCCCUGACUUCCCAGCAACAUGUCCCUACCUCACCACUGUCGGCGCGACUUAUCUUCCACCAACCGGAAACGUCUUUAAGGACGAAGAGACCGCAGUGACCAGAUUUGGAAGCGGAGGAGGCUUUUCCAACAUUUUCGAAAUUCCGUCCUACCAGGCCGCGGCAGUGUCAAACUACCUCACCAACCACCCACCACCGUACACUUCAUACUCCACUACUAACGAUGCAGACAUUGGUGCCGGUGGCGGCAUCUACAACCGUAAUGGCCGUGGUUAUCCUGAUGUCUCGGCUAUCGGCGACAAUGUUCUGAUAUUCAACAAAGGUGCCCCAACCCUCAUCGGUGGCACCUCUGCAGCUGCACCAGUCUUUGCGGCUAUCUUGACCCGCAUCAACGAGGAGCGUCUCAAAGUUGGCAAGAGCACUGUUGGCUUCGUCAAUCCAACUUUGUACGCCAACCCAAGUGCCUUCCACGACAUUACUACUGGAAACAACCCUGGAUGUAAUACCAAUGGCUUCUCUGCUGCCACAGGCUGGGAUCCUGUGACUGGGCUCGGCACUCCGAACUACCCUGCUUUGCUCAAGGUGUUCAUGGAUAUCUAA